UUUGGAGAUGUUUGCCAGCACUCAUAUUUGUAUACGCGUAAAUCGCAGAGAUUUUUUUGUUGUAUUGUAGGAAUGCUUUGUAAAAGUGCUAAUUAGUCGAGAUAAGACAUGUAAAAUUGGCCGUAUAAGAUAAAAUGUAAAUGCAGACACGACUUGCCGCAAUAACUUUUUACUCGGAGGAUGUACUUUCCAGUAGGCUGGCCCAAGCGGGUUAGUCUGGCACUGCCCGGAGAGAGUGCCAAUAUACGUCACAUCUGCUGUGAUGCCGUCAAAAUACUCGUUGCCGCCGUGGGCGAUGAUUUUCUUGGAAUCUGGUAUGCGAAUCCCCUGAUACCCAUUGCCUACUUUCGCAGGACGGAGGAGUCCCUGAAACAGUUUGGGACGAACCUCUUGAUUGUCUGGAAACCAGACUCUAGGCAGCUGGCUCUGCUCACCAGCGAGGGAGCUUUGCUGCUCUAUCAGCUGGACUUCGAUGCCAAUGGCAGUGGCAUACUGAUGCAGGUGGAUCCCCCAGCGGCCAGCCUCAAGAGGGACUCUGCGGAGCUGUUCAUAAAGGAGAACAUACCCCGGCUGAGCCUGAGGGAACUGUGCAGCGUCACCCUGGGAUCUGUCAUCACAACCGUCUGCUGUAUCAGCCUAAGCGAGUUGCUGCUGGCCACCCAAUCGUGUGAGCUUCUGCGUCUGCAGUGGACCCAACUGGAGUUGGCUGAGAACGAACAGGAGCUGCCUGCCCUGGCCUCCAUCAAGCUGCGCGACAUUCCUUUCUACGUUCAGCAACAGCAAGCGCCGGCCAAGAACUUCCCUCCUCUGGGCAAUGACUCGUUUGUGGCCUCCUUGGAAUACUCACCGUUCAUUGGAGGCUGUGCGGCCGUUUUCAGCGACCGACGUGCCGCCUUUCUGAUAGCCAAUCACCUAAAGUUCGAGACGGAUCACAUGCACGGCUUUUGGGUGCAGGACGUCGAGGAUGCGAGCGUCUGCAGCGUGAAUCACAAGUUCCGACUGCUGGCCUACGGCCAGGAAAGCUCGGCGGUCAAUGUCUAUGCGAUUGACGAUGCCACCGGAGGGUUAGAGUUUUCUCACCGGCUGACCCUCACAGAAAACGUGCUCCCUGGAAGCUUGGGCGCUGUAAAUGAACUCAAGUGGAGUCCCGAUGGUUGUGUUUUGGCUGUGAGCUGGGCCAAUGGUGGAUUGUCGCUCUGGAGCACCUUCGGCGCCCUGCUGAUGUCUACGCUGAGCUGGGACUUUGGCCUCAAUGUCGAUCUACUGAAACAGAAUCCCCUCAAGCUACGGCGCCUGGAAUGGUCCACGGAAGGCUAUCAGUUGUUUAUGCUCAUGAAAGAGGCGGAGAACCAGGCCAACAACGUUCUGCAGCUGCAGUUUGUGAAGAGUGCGCUCAGCAUGAAUCCCUGCAUGACGGCCAAUCCGCACAUCCUUCUGCAGGGCGAUGACUGCCUGUACAUCAAUCAGGGCAACAAUCUGGAGGAAACCUAUGGCGGCAACAAGUUUACAUUUCCCUCGAGCGGAGGAGCCGAUCAGCCGGAGGACGAUUGCCUGGAGCUCAAGCAUAGCUUGAACACAGGAAGCAUCCUGACCGAGAGCAAGUACUGGACCCUGCUGCAGCUGCCCCUGAACUAUGCAUCCACCAAUUGGCCCAUCCGGUAUGCUGCGAUAGACAAGGACGGUCUUCACUUGGCCGUGGCUGGGCGCACGGGGCUGGCCCACUAUUCCCUCAUGACCAGGAAGUGGAAACUGUUUGGCAACGAGUCGCAGGAAAAGGACUUUGUGGUGUCUGGCGGGCUCCUGUGGUGGCACGGCUUCAUUGUGAUGGGCUGCUACUCCCUGCUGGACAGAACCGACGAGCUGCGCUGCUAUCCUGCUGAAUGCAAGCUGGACAAUCAGUUUGGCCACAAGCUGCAGGUGCGGGCGCCUGUCAUCAGUCUUAAUGUCUUCCGCAACCAGCUGAUCGUGCUCACAGCAGACGGCAUCGUAAGCCUCUUCCACAUGUCCAAGAAGUCGGCCUACGCCAUAGACAUCGAGUGUGCGUAUGAGCUAGAUGUGAAGAGCAUCUGCAUCCACCCCGCCUGCAUUGUGAGCCUGACGGUGACCAACCUCAAGAACGAACUGAAGCCCCAGGGACAGCAGCAGGACCAGGCCGAGACGAUAAUCGUGAAUGUCUGCGGCCGCAUCCUGAUGAUACAACGCGAUGCCAACGAAAAUGUGCCCAACACGCUCCUGGCCACCUGCCUGGCCAGCUGCGUCGAGUGCUUCUGGCUCUCCCAUACCCUGGAGCGGUGUGCGAUGAGGGAUUGCCUCUGGCUGUACUCGGGAGCGCACGGAAUGCGCGUGUGGCUUCCCAUUCUGCCGCCUGGUCGGGAGAGAAGAGAGCAGGGCGGCGCCCAGCGACUGCACAGCUUCAUGUCGAAGAGGAUCAUGCUGAGUUUCCCCCUCAAAGUGUAUCCGCUGGUGAUCCUGUUCGACAAUGUGAUUGUGCUGGGAGUGGAGAACGAGAGCACUCUGUACACCAACGAGUCGACGUCCCAUUUCUCAGUGCCGUUCGCCCUGAUGGAGCGCAAGUCACAGAUCUACCUGCACAAGGUGUUACGACAGCUGAUCAAACGGAAUCUGGGAUACUCUGCGUGGGAGAUCGCUCAAUCGUGCCGCGCUUUGCCUUAUUUCCCACACGCCCUGGAGCUGCUGCUGCACGAAGUUCUCGAGGAGGAGGCAACCAGCAAGCAGCCCAUACCAGACGCUCAGUUACCAAGCAUUCUCGACUUUAUCCGCGAGUUCCCCGUCUAUCUGGAGACCAUUGUGCAGUGUGCCAGGAAGACGGAGAUUGCCCUGUGGCCCUAUCUCUUCUCAAUGGCGGGCAAGCCUAAGGAACUCUUCCAGCUCUGUCUGCAGUCGGAACAGCUGGACACUGCGGCCAGCUACCUGAUCAUCCUGCAGAACCUGGAGCCGUCGGUGGUCAGCAAGCAGUACGCCACAAUGCUGCUGGACAUUGCCUUGCAGCAGAGAAAGUGGGAGCUGGCCAAGGAUCUGAUUCGCUUCCUUAAGGCCAUCGAUCCGAACGAGAUCGAUUCGCCGCGCUCCUCGAUGGUUGUCAACGUGAAGAUUGCACCACCGCCGCAGGUAAACACCCAGCAGCAGGUCAAUCAGAAUGCAGAUGCCUUUAACAUGGUACUGGGCCCGAUUGCCAGGGAGCGGAGUUUCUCCACCACAGUGACCAGUAACCUGCCCAAGGACAAGCAGGCGGCUGGCUCUGGAGGCGGAAUGGCAGUAACACCCAUCGGCGAAACGAGCAGCUCGGGGGCGCCUUCGGUCGUGCGUCGGCGAUCCACGAAGCAACGGGAAACGUUCUGCAUUGACCUGAUCCUGCAGCGACAUGCCAGACAGUUGCUCCAGAACUACAAGCUCAUGGAUCUGGGCUAUAUGUGCGCAUAUCUGGAUUUCCAUUUGGUCACCUGGCUAUCGCAAGAGGCAGAGCGGACAGCCAAGCUGGACGAUUUCGCUUGCGCUCUGCAGGCUCUCCACGAAGAACUACAGCUGCCCAGUCCGUUUCCACCAUCGGGCAAGGAUGAAUUUGCCCAGCUAAGGGUAACCCACCGGCAGGCGGGCGGGGGUUCAUCGCAGACCUCCGAGUCUGGCUACUUUAGCCUGGCCACGCCCAAUGGAGCAGCAACGCAGUCGCCCCAGCUGCAGCCCAGCAUUAAGGAGGAGGAGGAGCUGCAGCACAGCUCGCUGCCCAUCUUGAAAGCUCGGUCCAGCUCGCAGUUGUCCUUCGACAACUUCCGCUACCGCAGACUGUACUCUCUGCCGGCUUCCGAGGACGACCUACUGGCCGAUCCGCUGCCUGAAAAGCUGUCUAUCAAACUGCGUUACCUGCUCCAGCUGUUCAUCGAGGCCAACUGCACGGACUACGCCCUGGUGCUGUCCAUACUGCUGCAGGACGCCGCCUCAAUCUCCCGGAUAGUGAAUGUAAUCAUACGCAGCGAGUCGGUAAACUCCUGCAAGCGAACAGAGGCGGCUCUGAAGCAGCUCAGCCAAUGGACCUUCGAGCACAAUGGCUCGCUCUAUCGAGGCUUCGUGAUGACGCUGCAGCCACACAUCUAUCUGCUCGAACAGUACAUCCAGUCGCUGGGGGACGCUUCCUCCUCUUCCAGCCAUGACGCCAGCGCCGGAAAUGAUUUGACGGCUGACUCCGCGGCCGUUCUGAAUAACGACGAAAGCGACUUUGUGCCAAAAUUGCAGCAGGCGAAUGGAAAUCAGUGGAAGACGGACUUGAUGCCGGCACACCAGCGACUGACGCGGCAUGCCAGCCUCGAGUCCAACGGCAAUGCAGGUCCAACAUCCGGCGGCUCUGCUCAGUCCACGCCCACGCAGCAGCGGCAGCUCCGGCAGAACAGUCGGGAUCGGGAAGGCUGCCGCCUAAUGUAAAUCACAUACUCGAUGCAAAGACGUAAACCCGUACAUAUGUACAUUAAUGUAUGUUUUGUAACUUUUGCGG